AUGGGCGAUGGGGGGAAGGCGGGCGAUGAGGGGAAGGCGGACGAUGGGGGGAAGGCGGACGAUGAGGGGAAGACGGACGAUGAGGGGAAGACGGACGAUGGGGGGAAGGCGGACGAUGAGGGGAAGGCGGACGCGCCCACUGGACGCUUCCCAACUCGCUCAUCCUCCCCGCUCUCCCGUCAUCCUCCCCGCUCUCCCCUCAUCCUCCCCACUCUCCCCUCAUCUUCCUCGCUUUCCCCUCUUUCCCCGGCCCUGCCCUCUUCUUCCCGCGCUCCCCUCAUCUCCCCACUCUCCCCUCAUCUUCCUUGCUUUCCCCUCUUUCCCCGGCCCUGCCCUCUUCUUCCCGCGCUCCCCUCAUCUCCCCGCUCUCCCCUCAUCUUCCUUGCUUUCCCCUCAUUCAUUCCCCCACUCUUCCCUCUUCUUCUCGCGCUCCCCUCAUCUCCCCGCUCUCCCCUCAUGUUCCAUGCGCUCCCAUCAUUUCCAUCACAGGCAACCACUUCCCUCACCGGACAACAGGGGUGUUUACGGUACCACAUGAGGGCGCUGUGCUGGUGA